AUGUGCGCCAUCGAUUUCACAAGCAGCAAAGACCACCCUGCGUUCCACUAUUUCGACGCACGCAAGGUUGAUUUCCCCAAAGGGAUGUGCUUCGGGGCGACCUGGCUGCUCGACUGCGACGACCAGCUCUUCCUUGUCGACGUCUCCUGCGUCGGCGUCGAUCCUCACAACAUUGGCGCCAUCCGCGUGUACAAGAUGGACUUCCCGUCGUCGUCGACACCAGCAAGCCUCCUCGUUGGCGCAGGGUCCGUCACAUUGGAGAUACCGUACGUGUUUCUCCUGGACGACACAGGCUUGGCAACGUCUUGCCGCUCGGCGAGCCUUCACGGACUGAAAGGAAACCAGGUGUACUUCAUGAAGAAUUUCGUGGAAGAUGAUGCUGAUCUGUGCGUUUUUGACUUGGAGUCGGAGUGCCAAGAGAUUACCCGUGUUCAGAAUCAUGACGGCUUGCUUCUCCGACGCAAACAUCGUGCGUGUUCGAAGCAAGCAAGUUGCAUCUUAUAUCUAUCUAUCUAG